UCUGAUCAGUGGUUUGUGUACGGUCGACCGGUCAACAGUGUUUGGGGUGGUGCGUCGGGUUUACUAAUUUCACUACCAAACUUAAGUAGAAUUCAGGAAGUAACAAAAUGAAGAGAGUUCUUUGGGGUGAAUUUGAGAAUGACACCAAAAACAAGGGCCCGAUUCGUCCUGAUGAGGUAAUCCUACCAAGCAAAAAAGCUGAGAAGUUGAAAAAGUUGAAAGCGGCAACGGUAGAAACAGAAAACAAAAUUGAAAUGAUAAGACUGAAAAAUCCUUUGAUUACACAAACCAUUGAAGUGAUGAAUCAAACUGAAAUGCUUCAAGCACUGAUUGAUACCUACGCCAAUAAAUCGGGCUGCAACAAUUACCUGUUGAAUUCAUGUCAAGUUAUACCUCAAGUUGAUUUCCCGUCAGAAAACACUGCGAAUCUCAUACAAAACAACAGAUUCUCUAAACCUCUUUGGUUCAUUCCACCCAUCGACACAAAAUUUACAAAGGGUGCCCCUCAGAAAAUCCCGCCCAUUACGGGGGAAAUUGCAAAAAUGGCUUUGCGAAAAUCAGUUGCAGGGCUUGCCCGUGUUGCUGGUUUCAACGAGUCAUCGAGUAGUACCCUGACAUUACUCACAGAUGCCGUUGAGGAGUACAUACAGAGUCUUCUUCAGUCGAUAAAACAUGCACAAACACUUAGUUCGAAAGAUAAGUCAAAUAUUCUGGAUAUUGAAACAAUGGAGAAAGGAUAUUUUGCAGUUGCACACAAUUCCCUGCUUUUAUUACAUGACUACUUUCAAACGGAGGUGGUAGGAAGGAACGUAGCGGAAAUUGAUGAAUUCAAAGACAUGUGUAAUGAGUACGACAAACUACGGAAGGAAAGCCAAAAUUUGCAGGAAUUUGGAUUGAAAGAAGAAAUCGAAUGAAUUAAGUUUGGUGCCAAGUACGUUAAAUGCCUGAUGAGAUAUCGCGACUUACUGAUAAGGAUCAUACAUCAAUCAACAAUUAUUCUUCUCCAUAGUCUACUAAUAAGGAUUAGAUUUAAGAAGUUAACAAAUAUAAGAAAAUAAAAGCGA